AUGGAUACGGAGCAAGAGGGACAGACCAGUCGAAGGGUUCAACGUGGUGUUGCGUCAGAGCGGCAAACCCAGCACGGUUCGAUGGCGAACGAGGACCAGCAAAAUGAUGUCCUACCACUGGCGAUAGACCAACCUUCCAUGACACUGCAAGAAAAGACCUGGUGGGGUAUGGGAUUCGAAGAACUAUACCGGGAGGCAAGGAGAAAAAACUUUGGGAAGAAUGGAAAGGAGAGUAGAAAGUCAGGCCGCGUUCGCAUUAUCAGAUGGCUAUGCGAGAAAGAUGGCAUCACACCUUUCAUUGCAGCCACAUCCGACGCGCCUGUCACCGCUCCCACGUCUCGUCAUACCACAAAAGCUGGAGCUAUAUCCCACCCUGAGGCUAUCCUUCGCACAUCCGACCCUGAACUCCAACGCUUGAUCAGCGAAGCAGAACAGACAUACCUGCAAUGGCCCUCCGCUGAUUUACUCAACCUCUCCAUGCAGCGAUCAUACCAGCUUCUCAAAGACAGCGACAACAAGCUCCCAUCAAAAUCGAUCAAAGCCAUGGCGACCUGGAACGCCGGCUGGGACGUUCUCAAGAGCCCCAGGGAGAAGAAGUGGUGGCUGGGCGACGGGAUUGAUCUUGUGAACAAGGCCAAGGCGUUGGGAUAUGAGGGCCCUUCGAAGAAGCAUGAUGUUAUUGUAUGGCUCCGUUCUAUUCCGGAAGGCGCUGAGGAUAAUGUCCUCGAGGAGGUUGCGGAGCCUACUUCUAAUAAGCGCAAGGCGCAAGAGGAGCCCCCCGAGUUGGCCUCGAAGCGCCCGGCGAAGGGAUCAAAGAGGCGUCAUGGAUUGCAUACUGGUUUGGUGGAUAUUCGGAGGAAGGACCCAACGGUUACCCGAUGA